AUGUCUAUUUGGACCCUGCGCAUGGGCAGUGGUGUAGUACUGCCGGGCUGCGCUCCCGCCUGCUCGCCAGCCAAGCCCGAAUUGGAGGCUGCUGCUGUCAAGUGCUUGCUGCGUGACGAGAGCGUGAUGUGGGUGAGGGCUGACGAGGCGCAGACAGGACAGGGCCUGGCAGGAGGACGAGGUUUCGACAAGGAGGGAAAAGUCUGUGCUGGUCAAGUGGCCGCAGGGGCCGACGUGCCAUUGGCAGCCCUGCCCGCCGCCCGUCCCUGCUCAGUCGGGUGUCUCGAGUGGGCGGGUGACGUCGUUGGCCGACCCUGCUUGCCUCUGGGUGCGGCUGCCCCUCUUCUCAAGCGUAGGUCCAGUCCUUGCAUGUCGCCAGCGGCCACAUUCCUCUGUUGUUGA